AUGCGCCUGGCUGAGAAGAAAUUGAGGGAUGCCAGGGCUCUCGCGCUCAAAUUCGCGGAGGCUGAAGAAGCCGCCACUACAAGCUCCAAGACAGACGAGCCUACAAUACCGGACAUUAGUAUUCUAGAUCUUGAACUGGAGCCUUUAAAUGAGCUGACGACGUUCUUAGACGAUAUGACCGCGGUGCCGGAAGAUGACCGAUCCACACCGUCUUUGCCUGGCCCCGAUGAUAAAGAGGACGAGACAUUAGAGGAGACGGUUGAGGACGUCGAUAUGGAGGGCACUGAACAAGAUCUCCAUCCGCCCUCCCCUUUCACGUACAUUCCUCUGCCAGACAGAGAUCCCCCAGCUGAAGAGAGUGAUCUCAGGCCACAAAAGAGCCAAUUCCAUGCGCCUCCAACGCCGGAAAGCUUGAACCACGAUGUUGAUCCAGUCCUUGCAUACAACGACCCUGGGGUUGGGAAUCCCGAAAUUCCAGACCAGCAAGAUAUGCGAGAUGAUCUCACUUACCAAGGCCAACGACAACCGCCAGUAGGGAUGCGGAUCAGUCAUGCGCUCAACUUCCUUGCUGAUGAAGACAUUGACCGCUGCGUCGACUGGGAAAAGAAAGUCGAGGAGGUUGAGAAGUUUCUUCUCUUCGCCGAGGCAAACGACAAGGGAAACUGGGCCUUUGCCGAUCUGGGCGACAACUCGAAGAAGAUGGUUGAGGACGGCCUGAGCCGCGUGCGCGCCCACAGGCUCUUCAACAAGCACCAUUAUGGCGAUCAUGCAGAAGUGCGCCCUCUUGAUCCAAGCUCAGUGCCGAAACCAGCCACCCGUCUGGUCCCUGUCCCAGGCAUCUCCAUCGAGCUGGCACCCAAGAAGAAUUUGGACAAGGAACGAUAUCCCCGUCAUCACCUGCAUCGACCCGAAACCCCGGUGAAUCAGAUGUACUUGGACAGUGAGGAUCGCAGGGCCAAGCGAGAGCAUUACGUCCCGCUCAUUGCGCAGGAUGAAGACGCGUGGUUCCAGCUUCCCAGCGACCAGCAGCCUGCGGACAAACCGCUCUCGAACCUCUCAUAUAUUGAGAACAAGAUGUAUGAAGACUGUAGUGCCGCUAACAGCGGGUGGGUUUUCGGUUUCCAAGUCGACAAAGGGGUCAAAUACUGGCUUCCGGAUGGAACGCCGCUGAAUGACAGUGCUGAGCACUUUGCGAAGGAGCGCGGUGCUAGGCGUGCCGGCUUCCAGAAGGCUCUGCGUGCUUUCACGAAUGAAGAAAACCGGGCAGCGGAGACUCCCUGGCGCAGACUCGUGCUUCCACUCACGGCAAAGGAGGUAGAAGCGGCCAAGGCUCAGGCAACAGAUCGUGGACUGCACCCCCUUGGACUCGCACCGACGCAGCUGCCCAAGCUUGCUAGUCUCGAAACAUUCCCAUAUACCUUCUGGAUGGAGCAGUACGGGCGCGUGCAUCGUCUCUACAGUGAGCGGGCGCGGCAGAAGACGAUCGCGGAGGAAAGCCACAGGCGCGGGUGGGCUAGCCUGCCGAGUCGAGACAAUGCGCCGUAUGUCUUCAGAGGCGUUGAUGCGAACACGCAGUAUGAGCAGGAUAUGUACCCCAAGAUGAAGACUGUCAUCAAACUGUUAGAGAGAGAGGAGAAAAUUGCGCCGAGACCGUUAUUGACAGCUGUUAUGAAGUCGUUGAAGCUAGGUUUGAAUGGGGAAGCGGCGCCAGGCGACUUGAAAUUUCGAUCAUUGGACUGGAAGGUUCGCGGGAAGGAGUUGAAGGACCUUGCUGAGGCCGAACUCAUGUGGCUCAAGUUUCUCACUCAGGGCUCUAUUCAUCAUCAUAUGAUUGAUGAGCUCUCGCCGAGAGCGGCUCUCUACUUGACUUUUGCGGACAGAUUGAUGAGAUUGAUGGACGAUAUCAGUGAGACUGCACUUUGGCCUGAUCUCGAGACCAAGGUCUCUGUCGAGGAUUUACUGAACAAGAUGCACGAAAGCCUCGAUGGUCCCAUCAAAAAGACGCAGUUCUAUGUCCAUGAUGCUUUGAUGUGGCUAGAUAGAUUGGCAAAUGCUGGAAGGUGCAGGUGA